GAGCAGGGCUGAUGUGGAAUACCACACAUUUGUUUAAGAUGAAUUAGUGUCGACUAGAGUAAGUUAUUAAUUUACAUUCACCGCAGAUGUGGAGAACUGAAAGGGUUUCGCUGUAGCGCUCUUCACACGUGCUGUGGGGUCGCUCGCUGUGCUCGAGAAAGAUGCUUCACAGGUGACCUAAGUUGAAGCGGGGUGAAUGUGGAGUGUUUGCGGAGUGACACAAAAUUAUUACCUACUCCAGUAAUAGAUGUGACUGUAAUGCUAAAUAUGCUCUUCACAUGCCAUUGAACAACUUUCAGUUUGUAUUACCUCUCGGUCGCUCAUUUCUUGUUAAUUGGAAGCUACAGAAAAAAAUGCCAAUGCCAAACUAAAGUUCUACUCUUUAUCACUUCACACCAAAAUCCAUAGUUUUACACUUGAAUUCAUCAUGUCAUUGGGUGAACAGUCGCAAAAGUGGUUUCCGACUCAUGUCCAAGCCACUGUUCUUCAAGCCACAGACCUGCAACCAAAGGGCAAGAAUGGCACCAAUGAUGCCUACACAAUCAUCCAGCUGGGUAAAGAGAAGUACUCCACAUCGGUGGCAGAGAAGACCCUCAACCCAGCGUGGAGGGAAGAGGCUUCAUUUGAGCUUCCAGGGCUGCUAAUGGAGAGCAAUCCAGAGGUUUAUGAGCUGUGCCUCACAGUAAUGCACCGGUCGUUGGUGGGACUGGACAAAUUUCUGGGCCAAAAACUCAUUAACUUAAAUGAGAUAUUCGACAACAAGGAGCGACGAAAAACUGACUGGUACACUCUAGACUCACGGCCUGGUAAGAAGAGAAAAGACAGAGGGAAGAUUCAAGUUAGCAUCCAGUUCAUGCGGAACAACAUGACCGCCAGCAUGUUUGAUUUGUCAAUGCGAGACAAGCCCAGAUCGCCGUUCUCCAAGCUCAAGGAGAAGAUGAAGGGUCGCAAACACGACGGUGCCUUUUCAGACACAUCUUCCGCCAUCCUUCCACGCUCAGGACAGAGCGAGACUGAUUCUCUGGCAGACCAGCACCCGCAUCCGCACCCACAGGCCCCGCCUGAACCCAAGCCAAAACGCUCACUGCUCACAGGCACGCAGAAACUGUCUGCUGCUCACUCCAUGUCUGAUCUGAUAGGAACUCACUUCAGGAACAAACUCGACUCCAUGAACUCCAUUGAGGAGAAAGGGGGCGCUGCAUCUCACCGUCACUCUCAGAGCGAUGGAUACGGCUGCCCAGCGAGCGAAGUACAAUGCGAUCCCUUUUCUGACAUUGGUGACAACAUGCCCCAGAAAUUUGCCACUCUUCCACGCAACCGCAAUCCCUUCGAGGGAGAUCAGGGGAUGCCGUGGGGCGCAGACAAGAAAGAGAAGAAGGAGAAGGUCGGUCUUCUGGGCAGAGUGACUGGGAAGAAAGACGGAAAGAAAACUGGAGCACGAAUAGGAAGCUCUGGAGACCUGCGAUCUCCAAACCCCUUCACCAGUGAAGCCUCAAGUGAAACCAACCCUUUCCUCUCACACUACAGAUCCAGCAGUGACAACAUGAGAAACCCCACCAGUAAUGAGGAUCUUACACAGAGAUUCAAAGCCUCUCCUGAAAAGAAACAGGCCAUGAAAAAUGCAAGAGAACAUGACCCUGAGCAUCUGCAGGCGAGCGUGGCGGCCUACAGCAAUCUCUCUUUUGAGGAAGUUGUGCAAGAGCUCAUGAAGCAGAAGGAUGUCGUGAAGAAGAAAGAUGCUCAUAUUCGGGAGUUGGAGGACUACAUUGAUAACCUGCUGGUCAGGGUAAUGGAAGAGACGCCCAGCAUCCUGAGAACACCCUAUGAGCCCAAGAGAAAAGCUGGCAAGAUCUUGAAAAAGUAAAAAAUUACUGAAGAAUGUUGUAGCUUAAGAUUUCUGGCAAAAUAUAUAUUGCUUGAUGAAGGACACUGGAGUGUCACCUGGGAUUAUACGCAGGUCUAUUUGUUCACACAUGGACAUAUUUCGUGUGUUAAAGUUACUCUAGGUUUGCAAGAACAUUGUGACAGAAGCCAGGCACUAAAUGUGGUGAUGCCAAACCCCCAUUUUAGAUUUUUUCCAUGACUUUAUUUAGAUUUCUUUUUUAAGAUUCCUUCAAGCUGUCAAUUAAUACUGGUGAGUGAAUCAUUUUUUUUUAUAUUCACAAGCAGUCAUUCCUAGCUAAGAGCAGCGUUCUUGUGAAACACGAAUGACGUUGUGUUUUUACCGAAAAUAACUGUGUUUAAGUUGACUUUUAUUUUGGAUUCAGUCAGUAUAACAGAAUUCAGCACUUAAAAGUCUUGGUACUACUGUGUUUUACAUUUAUCCAUGGGGUGGACUGUCUAUAUGAGGCCUUGAAUUUGCUGUGACUGAACUCACGCUACAAAAGCUGCUCCUGAUCAGUUGAGGUACACAUUUGUCGUAUGCAAAAAUGAAAACACAUGGAUUAGUGGCACCACAGGACAUAGAAAUGCAUGUUUACUGGAUGUUUUAGCAGCGGGGUGUUGAUUUACUGGAUGACCACUUCUGGGUUUGACAGGGUAAUUCUAUUAAUAAGUGCAAACAAGUGAUAGAGACUUGUGUUUGGUGCCAUAUUGAUUGAUUUGUUACAGGAUGCUGGUACUGAAAGCUUAUGGUACUCGUAUAUAUCUGAAAAAUAAUAAUUUGAUGGUACAGAAUACACUACUAAAUAUUUAUUUUGAGCUUAAUUGCAAUGAGCAAAUGGUAUAUGUGAAUGACACGGUUUAAGUCCCAGAAACAAUAGAAACGUGACGCAGGAGUGUAGAAAUGAGUAUCCGGUCUCCAAAGACUUAAUUCUGAAUGUCAAUCAGUUGAAUUGGAAUGUACUGCUACUGAAUAUAUUCAGUAUAUUGCAGGACAGUCAAAAAUUGUAGACUGGUUGUUUUGACUGGGGAAAUUGUGAUGAGUUGCUGAUAACCGAUAUCACUUUAUAUUCGGAAGCCGAUAAUUGAUAUAUAAAUAGGCCGAUAAAAAUAAUCUGCCUGACUACAAAAAUAAAUGCAACACAAAUACAGUGGGCAAACAAAUUUUAUUUUAAAACCUUAACUACAGGAAAUAAGGAAACUGCAAGGAAAUGUGUAGAUGUUUCUAUGUGCAAAAAAAAGUACCCCUUUUUUACAAUGGAAAACUACCACACUGACAUUAUUCUUAUCGGGCCGAUAACAGUAACAUUAAAUAUAAGCAUUUAUAUACAAAUACCGAUAUAUUUCCCUAGUUUUGACUGUUUUUGAUUAAACUUUAGCUAUUUAAUCAAUAUGUCAAGCACAGAAGUAUUACAAAUCUACUUUCAGCAACUUAUGAAACUUAAUUUAGAAGUUUAACAGAGCCAGUAUUUAAAAUGAAAGUGAAUAGAUUAAUUUGAUUGGUCUUGGUAAGCGUUUAGUUCAAAACGUUUAUAGAAAUGUUCAGUCAGAUGGAUUCAUUACAAUGUUUAGUAUGUUUACUGCACCAGAAUCACAUAGAAAAAACGAUUGUUUACAGUUUGGGUUAUAGUUUACACCUGCCAAAAUUAACCAACGCUUGUAUGACUUUGUUUAAUGAACAGUGAGUUUGUUUUUUGCUGGAAAACCAGAAGGAAUCUUCCCUUUUUCCCUUUUCUUUUGUUUACAACAGAUUUAUUAACCAUUCCCAUUACAAACUUGGGAAGAUGUUUGUACAUGGAUUUUAAAAUGCAAGUUUUAAGCCAACCAAGUCACUCAAAGAUACUUAAAACAUUGUUUUUUGAUCAGCUGCUCAAAAAGAUUUAUUAAAAUAAAAAAAUCACAGCAUCAGAUUACAUACAGUGUAUGUAUAUAUUUAUAUAUACUGUAUGUUUUUUCAAUUGUGCUGAACUAUAUUGCGUUUUCAGGUAUUGUUAGAAUAAAAAUAAAGUUACUGGCCAAUUUUGACUCAAUUAACUAAUUUUAGAUUUCAUGCCAGUACACUUCAAUAUUUAUACACUUCUUACAGAGUUUACUGGGAUUUGUCUCAUUUCCUGUCACCUACGGUACAUAUGUUUUCAGAAAAUUACAUUGGCUAUCAUUCAUGGUAAUCUGAUCAUUUAUUUUUCACUGUAACAUUGUUUUUUUUGUUUUUAACAAUGUUACACUGGAGCCUGUGUGUUUUUUUGCACAACAGCGGUGCAUAUGCACACCAGACACUGAAAAAAUGUGCAUUUGAGAAAACUAGAAUGAUUGUAAUGGUGAUGUAGUUUAUACUUUAAAUGGUAUAAUAUGUUAGCUCUUAAUGAAACUCUAUACCAGGCAGUUCUUUAGACAGUAAUUCCCCAUCAUUUUUUUCAGUGUAUAUAGAUAAGCUGAAAGCUUCCCAAGUGUAGUUUUUCCUGAAUGACAUGGUAAAGAAACACUGUGCUAGUUAGUUUGCUGGAAAAGAAGUCACGUCUUCUCUAAUAUUGGGUCACAAUGAGCAAGUGUUGUGUUCUAGCUGUAAAUUAUUCAUGUUUUGUUUGUCCAAAGGUUAAUUUACUUACCUUUUAGUAUGUAUUUGGAGAGGUUUACAUGUGUUUAAUUGACAAUUCAUGUUAAAAUCAUUCAGUGCCACAUGCAGUGUUACACAGUGCUGACGUUAGGGCACAUAUUUAACGUCAGUCUUUGAAAUGAGACCAUUACAAGAUUUUGUGCAAGUUGGAAUGUUAUGUUUUUCCCAGCCUGAUCUCACGAGAAAACGUAAGUAUUUUACGUUUUGUCAGUUUAGUGGCUAAUUCAUAUGAGUUCAGGCACCUAACCCCACCCCUAAACCCAACCGUCAUUGGGGGAUGAGCAAAUCGUGCUAAAUUAAUUCAUACGAAUUAGCCACUAAAUCAAAAAGUUACGAAUUGCUGUGAGAUUGUGUUGGUUUUCCAUAUAGUGCUGUUUACUAGCUAAAAUUUGUAACCAUUUUUAUACAGGUAUAUGUGUUAAAGGAUUUAUUUACUGUACAAAUCUAACACACGUUGUACAAUGGAGUUAAACAUGUUAUUAAAUGAUCAGUUGUUCCACAUUAUAUUUGUAGCUGGCCAAAAAGAAUCAGUUCAGAGUGACAUUAACUGUAGUGCAGUUGGCUCUUACCAUUUGAGUUUGUUUUAUUUCUCUGUUUAUUGUUUCAUAUCUGUACUGCUAUGCGUUCAUUACAUGUUUUAUUCCCCCCAAGAGCUUUUGAUCAAAUAUUGUUUAGAACUACUAACUGUAUGUAUUGUUGUGUUUUUAUCAUAUUCCGCCAAGCACUUUCCUCCUCUCUGUUUUGUCUCAUUGAACUGGAACUGCUAUGCAUCUCCCUAGAGAGCAAUUCUGUGUGGUACUUUGAAUGUAUUUUGACCAAUCAGCAAUGUCUGUAAUCACAAACACAGUGUUGAGCACCCUGUGUAGAUCUUAUCGAGCACUUCUUAUAUCACAGAAUACACAGCUGACGUGAUAUUUUCUUUUCAUUUAUAUGAACAAUGGUCAGCACGGUGUUCAUGGUUUCGUCGUGGUUAUUCAUCAAGAAGCCAAAUAUUCAUCUGAUGUUUUUAAUGAGUACAAUUGAGCUUUUAUGUGUAUUUUUGUAAUAUCCAUUGGUUUAAUGGUCAACUGUAAAUGUUUAGACUACCUUUUACCCUAACUUUUUGUUUGUACAUUUUUUUUCUGCUUCUUUCCUCUUGUGGCUGUUUAAUUUGUAGUUUAAACAGAUUUUUUUUGUUUAGCUACAGUAUGUUUAUAGUUCUUUAAUGCUUAAUGUGUUACAGUAAUUCAUAUGCUGCUAUUUUCUUAGCAUUUUUCUAACAGAUGGUUUAGAAGAAUUUACAUAGCUUCAUUAAACCAUGAAAAAAGUUCUGAAUUAAAAAUAAUAUAUUACAUUUGCUGAAUAAAGGAUAGUAGCUGGACAAAAGUGAAGUUAAAACACAUGGAAGCAACAGUAUCAACAUUUAUUUUCGGUUCGGUUUUGUGUACAUUAAUCUUAAUACUGCAAUCAUAUCUCAUACGUUGUGACCAUAUUUACACUGUUAAAAAUGCUGGGUUUCCUCAUAAUUUCUUGAUGUUGUCCUGACACAAAUCGAUUAAGUUAACUUCAUCGUUUUACAAACUUGAACAUAAAACAGUUACGUUUUUAAUUGUGCUGUUUCAACUCAUUUUAAAUAAGCAGUUUGAACAAGCAGUAAAAGUCUUUUCUUUUUGAGUGAACAUUUAUUUUCUGUUUGGUUUUGUAUACAUUAAUAUUAGUGCUGCAGACAUAUCUCAUACGUUUAGACCAGUGUAUCACUGUAAAAAAAAUGCUGGGUUCCACAUUAUUUCUUCACGAUGUCCUAACAAAUCGAUUAAGUUAACUUCAUUGUUUUACAAACUUGAACAUAAAGCAAUUAAGUUGUCCAAAAAAACCUUAAGAAUUGUGCUCUUUCAACUCAUUUUAAACAAGUAGUUUGAACAAGCAGCAAAAGUCAUUUAUUUUCUGUUUGGUUUGUAUACAUUAAUUUCUGGUGCAGCAGUGAUAUCUUAAAUGUUUAGACCAGGGAAUCACUGUAAAAAAAAAGAAUGCUGGGUUCCACAUAAUUUCUUCAUGUUGUCCUGACACAAAUCGAUUGAGUUAACUUCAUCAUUUUUACAAACUUGAACAUAAAGCAAUUAAGUUGUCCAAAAAAAAUCUUAAUAAUUGUGCUCUUUCAACUCAUUUUUCAAUAAGUACAGUAGUUUGAACAAGCAGCAAAAGUCAUUUAUUUUCUGUUUGGUUUUGUGUACAUUAAUCUCUGGUGCUGCAGUCAUAUCUCAUACGUUUGGACUAGUUUUUCAGUAUUCUGUAUCAUACACUCCUUCCUUUUAAAAUAAUAAUUUUCCUCUAAAAAACAAACUUGAAUUUCCAAUGGUGUGUAAAUAACACUACUUAGAAUAUAGAAUUUUACCCUCGGAAUUUGCUUACGGUGUUUGAAGGAUCAUUGUUAAGAUGAGGACACGCUUCUGUAGGGAGGAUACACAUUUCUGCGUAGAUGUAGUUAUUGAUGAAUCAUCCAGAAGUAACACGUCUGUCUUUGCAUUCUUGGCAUGCAGCAUGAAUGAGUGUAGAAGCGAGAGCUGAGUGUAUUGUCUAUGUGACUACCAUAUAAAAGGGUGAAAAUGACGGCACCACCCAUUUCAAUAAAUCUCCUGUACUUCA